AUGGACUACGAUACGCCUGAGUCUGGCUUCUCUAACCCACUCGUACGCGAUAACCCUCUUCUCACUCCGCUAGAGCAAGAGGUGCUGGACGAAUACACGAAGUUGCUUGAGAAUAUGAACAAGCUCUCUACAUCAUUGAACGAUCUCGCGGUUCAGCCUUCAUCCGAUACUCUCGAUGCUCUGCGGUCACUUGAAAGGAAGACCGCUACCGUUUAUACCUUGCUGAAGGCGAGCGUGUACAGCAUAGUUCUCCAACAGCAGAUCUACAAUGGCGGAGAUGAGGGGCAGCUUGGAGACAGCUAA